ACUGUGGAAGAGGCAGAACCUGGUGAACUCACCUUAAUGAGGUCACCAUUUGCCCAUGAAGACUGAUUGGUAAUCUGCUGUGGGACCAAGUUUCAAUUGAUGUCUGCUAGACUGCUGGUUUACAUCGAUUGGAAUGAGGGUCAGGGGUGGUCGGGUGGAUGAUUGCAGAUUGCUCAAUGAUUCGAUGUUGCUGGAACCUAGAUGGAAUGUUGCUGCGCUGCUGUUGCUUGGAACACAUUUCAUUCUACAGUUUUUUCUUAAGAAUUAGACAUUUAGAAUUCAGAGUCUGCUGAUACUUGUUGGUUGUUUGGUU